GUCUGUAAAUUUAAUAUUUUUUGAUGGCGAUAACGUUCUUAAAAUAUGUGAUUGAGAUUAGUUAGAAAAACAUUUUGUUUUAAGAAAUUAAAUUUGUGGAGUUAGCUUAGUUGCAUUCAAUUUUUAUUGUUUUUACAGUGUAAGCAAUUGAUUUUAAUUAUUUAUAUAACUCAACAGAUAAAUACGCAUUAUUUUUAAUAUUGAUUCCUUUAAAUUUCAAGCUGACAUCAAUUCUAUUAAGAAGAAAAUAUAUCAAAAUUCUUUCUGAAUUGCCCUAAAAUAUUACAAUAAAUUUGGGGAAUAGAUCAAAUUAUGAUUUAGAUUAUAUUUUAAGAAUUAUUUAUGAUUUUUCUAAAAUAAACUACGAAGACUACAUCAACAACUCAAGUUCCAUAUAGGAAUGCUACUUGAAUUACAUUCAUAAAAUAGGCUGCAAGCUAAAAGAUAAUGAAUGUUUUUGCUAAAAAAAAUUAGAUCCUUUAGAUACAUUUUAAGAAAAGUAAUAAUAAAAACAACUAUGUGAGCUGUUAUCUUCUUAUUACAGAACUAGCUAUGCCUCUAUUAAAAAUAAUUAAUUUGAUUAAUUUGGAUUACUCUACUUCAUGAUUGAUAUUUGCAAAAAUAUAUAAACCUCAACAAUAUUAGCAUAUUAAAUGUAUAAUCAGUAUUCUACCACCUAAAAUAAAAGGGAUAGAGAGUCCUCUUUUAAUCAAUAAAUAUAUUAUUAAUUUACUUUUAGGUAUCUACCAUAAAAAUCAUAGGAGCACUAUAUUUUUAAUCUCACAAAAGCUUCGCAAAGCAAAUAAUCGGAAAAUGUUUUAAAUGAAUAGAUUGAUAAUAUUGAAAUUUACGAAAAGGAGUAUUAAUAACUUAAUGAUUAAACUCAAAAAUUAUAAUUGAUUUAAUCUAUAAUCUAUGAAGAAAAGGAAAUGGAUGUUUCACAAGAAAUAUUAAAAUGCAUAGUGAAGAAAAAUGAGAUGCUUAACUUUUUACUAUACUCAUAAACUAUAGCUUUAUCUUAAUUAUAAUAAAAGCUAAUGGAUCUUAAAUAAGUCUUAAAUAAAGUAAAUAUAUCGCUUAAAUAAUUGAUAAAUUUAAACCCCUUCAAUAUUCUACUUCCUUAAUUAGUGGAUGUAAUGGAAACAGAGUUUUGUAUUGACAGGAAACUCUUUAAAUAUCUUAAAAAAGCUAAAAAAAUAUUUUCAAAAAAAGAUCAUUCAAAUUUAAAAAUUAAGCAAUAUAUUAAACAAACUAUAGAACUAACUACAUUAACCGAUUCUUGCAUUUUAUUUUUAUCUUUAAUUGAAAAAAAUCCAUUCAUAGUCAAAAAAGCAACAUAAAAUUAUGCAGAUUUAUUAAAUUGGACUGAUCAAAAAACUUCACUUAUAGGUUAAAGUAUUAAUAUUUUAAUGCCUCCUGUAAUAGCCAGAUAUCAUGAUGAAGUUAUUAACAAAUAUUUUUUUAAAUCUCAAAACUACAAAGAAGUAAGUAAGACUUUAGAUGUUAUAGAUUCUAGGCAAUAAAUAGGUAUUGAUGGAUAAGGUUGGGCUGUGCCUUAUUUAAUUUAAUAUUAGCUCACUGUUUUAUCUGAUUCUGAAAUAGGAAUCUGCUCAAGGAUAGAACGGUAGUACGAAUAUUCAGAUUGCUUGAUUGCAGAUGCUCAAACUUUUGAAAUUAUUGCUAUUUCAGAAAAUUUGCAAAUAAAGUUGCUUGAAGAAAAUAAUGGCUUAAUUAGUAUUAAAAAUAUCAAAAUAAAUAAAAUUAUUACAGAGUUAGAACAAUUCUUGAACAUGUUAGAUAAAAAUAAUCUUGAAUGUGGUUUACUAGAAGCCAUUUUAACUAAGCCAAGUUAUCAAACUGUUAGAAGAUAAAGCCUUUUUAAAAAGACUUCAUCAAAGGAAGUUAAUAUUAGCGAAGAUUCUCAAAAAUAUAUUCUCAAAGCCGAUUGCAUUUAUAAAAAAAGUGCAUUCAAAAGAAUUAUUUAAUUAAAAGUUAUUACCUUAAGGCUAUUAAAUAACAUUUAAGAGAGUUAGGUUUUGACAAAAAAACGGUUAUCAUAUUUCAAUGAUGAAAAAAAGGUCAUAUAGAAUAAUGCUAUUACAACCGAAAAUAGUUUUUUGAAUAUUAUUUCAGGGUCUUAAAUCAAAUUGACGUAAAGCCCUGUAUCAAGAUUUGUUUAGUAGGAAGUCUAAGACGAUGAUUUAUUCACUCUUUAAUCUAAGAGAUUUCAGUCAUAUUAAACAGAUGCAGGGUUAAAUGCAAUCUAUUCAAAUCAGGAUACUUUUAUUAACUCAGAUAGAGUAUUUUCAAAUAACAAUUUGAUAAGGAAGCAAAGUGAUGUUUUAAAAAUUUAACAAAUUAUGAAUUUUGAAAAAGCAGAAACUGAAGGUAAGCAUAAAAUGUCUGAGCAUGAUGAAGAAGAAAGAAAUGCUAAAUUUCACUAGAGCGAAACAAGAUCAAGGCAAACUGAAAUGACUUACAAUAAGUUUAAAAUAAUGGCUAAAAAUAUUCAUUCUACAAAUUAAAUUUUAGGAUUAAAAUUGAUAAAUAUUUUUGGGUAUCUUUUUUUCAUAGUAAUUUUGAUUCUAUCGGUUGUCAACUAUAAUAUACUUAAUAAUGCUUUUGUAGAAUAAUAAAAUGAAGUACUGAAUUUAGAUUGGCCCUAACAAGUUUAAAAUUCUUUGUAACAAGAAGUAGUUGACUUAACUUUUUAAAAAUUAACUGCAGAUUAAUAUUUUAUUAAUAAUUUAUAUUAACCAAAUGAAAAUUCUGCUUUAAUGCCAAGAUUAUAAGCUUAAAUGAAAAAUUAGCUUAAAUUGCUAAAAAAUUAUAUCUUGAAACACCUCCUGAUAACUUAUCCUACUUAAGAUGUAGAGAAUAAAAUUCUUAGCUAAAGAGUUGAUUACUAGUUUGAAACUAAAAUAAACUAAUAUGUGAAAGUAGAAAGUACUUCAAUAUACAGGAUAGAACACAUAGUAUAUUUUAUGUUAGAAAGUGUCUUUACAAUCUAGACAAACAACAAAUAAUAUAUUCAAUCAAAUGAUGCUUUGAUAAUAGAUAAUUUUGAAAAUUUAUAAGCAUCUUACACAGAUAUUAAAUAUGCAAUGGAAAAUGCAAUACAGUUAAAAUUUUAACAAUUAUUAAACCAUGCAAAAAUUACUUUUUACACUAUCCUUUGUUUUGCCAUCAUCUUUUUCAUAUUUUUUAUAAUCAUUUAUAGCUAUAUUUAAAAUAAAAGGAAUAGAAUACUUAAAGGAAUAAGUUUUUUUGGAUAAAGUUCAUUAAUAUAAAUGAUUGAUCAAAAUAAACAAAAGUAAAAAAUUAUAGAAGAAAUAUUAAAUAUUAGUAAAAAUCCCAGUCAUUUGGCACAAUUUAAAAAAUAAAUAGAAACAUUAAAAUCAAACCAACUAAAUUUAUAAAAACAAUAAUUUGAGAUUAAUUAAAAACAAAAUGUAAGAAGAUCUAAGAAAAUCAUCAAUCUUAAAAGAUUUAGUAUACUCCUAACACUCAUUUGUUUGUUAAAUCUUUCGUUAGUAUAGCUCUAUUCAUUUGCAAGUUUCGUCACAGUUGAAAGUUUCUUAAAUCUCCUGUCACAAGAGAGAUCAUUUUUAGAUGUUAUGUCUAGUGUGUAAGUUGCGAUGAACAGAAGUGCAGGGUAUACUCCAAAGUUACUACUAUUAAAAAUUCAUUAUCCUGAAGAGUUUUACUAUUACUACAAUAAAUACAAAAAAGAAAUAGCAUAAAAUAUUUAGCUUAACUAGUAGCAUUACGAUUAAUAUUUAUAAUAAUAGUAUGUAAAGAGAAAUAACCAAACUUUAUUUAUGUACUACAUAGAUGGACUUUAUAAAUACGAUGCUUGCAACAUGACUUAACAAUUUGCUACUUAUGUUACUGGUGGUGGAUUUAAUUUAACAGACUGUAACUUAGUAAUCAAUAAAAUAUUUUCUCAAGGGAUAAUACAAGGAAUAACAUUUUUUUAUGAAUAUUUGUAAUAAUAAUUUGAUCUUAUAGCUCUAUAAGAUCUCUCUCAAUUCAUGAGCUUAGAAAAAAAUUUAAUAAAUUCAUUUACAUUUUACUAAUAGAAUUAGUUCAGGUUAAACCUUCAAUAGAUUUUCUCAGCAUCAAAGAAAUUUGUUAGAUACUAAAUAUAGGGAGACUAUGCAUAUAUGAUUAGCUCAAACUACUUUUAUUUCGUUUUAUAGAUGGUUAUAAUUUGCACAAUAUUUAUAUUCAUAUGGAUAACAUUUUUUACCUACUUCAAAAAACAGUAUAUCCUUACAAAGCAAACAUUAGAUGUCUUUGAUUUGUAUUCUUUGGCUAAUAACAAAAAAUUAUAUAGCUAAUUUUAUAAAAUUAAAUGAUUUAUGAUUCUAUAAAUAUAAGAUGUAUAAUUUAUAUUAACGUAAUUCUUAUAAGGAAUUUUUCAAUAUUGCAAUUUAUUUAUUAUUAAACUCAAGUACAAGCA